AUGGUGACUUUGAUUGCCUUCAUGCCCGGGCGCCCCAUCCCCAUCCCCAUCCCUAUACCGAUACCCAUCCCCAUUUUCAUCCCUAUCCCCAUCGCCAUCGCCAUCGCCAUCGCCAUCCCCACCUCCAUCCCCAUCCCCAUCCCCAUACCCAUACCCAUCCCCAUCCCUAUUCCCAUCCCCACCUCCAUCCCCAUCCCCAUACUAAUUGCUCUCACUCCUGUGCCCCUUCCCUCCCAUGCUGUCCCUGUGUCCAUCCUCAUGCCCACCCUCCCCUUCCUAAUCCCCUGCCCUUGCCUCUCCGACCGCUCGGAUUUAAUUAUAAUUUACUGA